CCCGCCCGCACACGCCGCGGCACUCGGCGGCGAGCGGCGGCGCAGCCAUGUGCCCCUGCGCGCUGCACGGCGGCCCCCCCGCGCCCUGCCCCUGCAGCCCCGGCCGAGCCGCCCGGCCCUCGGCCGCCGCCCGCCUGGUCGCCGCCCGCCUGCGCCGCCUGGGCGAUGAGCUGGAGCAGCGGGCGGCGCGGCGGAAGGCGCGGGGCCGCGGGCCCUCGGCCGGCCGCCGCCUGGCCGCCGUGGUGUGCCUGCUGUGCGCCCUCACGCCCGCGGCCGCGCUGGCCUGGCUGAUCCGCAGGAGGAGCCUCUAGGCGAGAGGGGCGCUGGCCGGAGCGGGGAGCAGGCGGGACGCGCAACAGGCUGGAGAAAACCCUGUGCCCUUGGAGAAAAUUGUUUCCCCUUUUCCUACAGGGAAUCCAGAGCCUGAGCAGCAGCUGUGAAGAGUGGAGAUAAAGAAAGAAGUGGAAGAUGUUGGAAGUGCUUUGGGCAACGUGAAGAAGGAUUUGCACGGAAGGAGCUGUUCAAGGGCCCAGCAGCAAAACAGAGACACAUACAUGCUUAUAUAUAGAAGAAUGUAAACCCUCCUGUAUGCAUACGUUAAAACGUGCAUGCCUUGUUGAGAACGUAAGCAACAUUCCUUGUAGAUGAUGGUGGUCUGAGCAUUCAUGCUCCUGCAGUCUGAGUCAAAAGAUUAGUGAUGUCCUUGCUGUAACACUAGCAUUUUCUCCACUGCACCUUGUUUAUGGCAACAUAAACAUUCCUUUCAAUGCAGCAGGAUGAAAAAUAAUCUAUACACCCGGAGUUAAAUUAUAAUAUCUCGAGAGACCAAACUUGCUGCAAAAUGGGCACAUCCUAGCCAUGUGGUGGUGGGGGAACAGGUGCUGAGCAGCUUGGACAACAGACAGUUUGUGUGUGUAUAUAUUAAGCGCUAUAGCACCAGGUGAGAUAAGCUUUUCUUAUGACAUUAGUUUCUCUGGUGCUACAUUUAAUAUUUGUCUGGGGCUAAACUGCCUCUCUGUGGUGCUACAGUUUCCCCAAGAGGAUGUUCUGAAACACGGGACAAGGAGAAAUCUAUUUUGGUUAUUAAUAUUUAUACACAAGAUAGCAAAAAAUAAUACUUGUUGAGAAGGUGCUAUUUUUUUCUUUCUUUCUUUCUUUCAAUCUCUGCAUAAAUUAAGACAGAACAAAUAAUCUAGCCCAGAACUUUAUGAAACUAAUUUUCUUUGGGGCAGUUCUUUUUCUUUUGACAGUUUGGAGCUUGGGAAGCAGCAUUCACUGAGGUAGCAAAGACAGACCAGCUCUUUUUACUGCGGUGUACGUGUCAAAGUCUGCUAGUGCAAAUCUCCUACAGCUCCGGAGCUGGGUAUUCUCCUGGAUAGUGAUACAAGCAGUCUCAAAUCCUGUGAACCAGGGAAGAGAACUAUAUCUAGUCUCAUCAGUAGACUAGGGGAUAACAGGAGAGCUUGUCCUUAAAAGUCAAAGGGCUUUUUUUCAGUCUAGUACUGAGCACUUUUUUUCUUGCAGCCAAAACUACCUGUCAGAUUCAGGAUACCCUCCAGUUUCUAUUUCCAGUAAUUAUUAUGCACAGUUUUUAAGAAACAUUUUUCCCAGCUUCAGAUAUUUGCACCAGAAAAUUGACCCUCUCAUGGUUGGGGGGGGAAAUUUUCAAAGGCAUAAAGGAAUGUUAAGAGCCCAAUUUCCAAAGGAAGUUUGGCUCCUUGUCUUUUUUAAAACCACUUCCUAACCCUCACCCAGGCAAGGAGCAAGCCAAGUGGCUGCUAUGCCCCUGUCAAACCUUGCAUUUUUCACUCCUGCAGGAGAAAUGUUUCUAAGCAAUCUAAAAGCUAAAUUCUCCCUUUAUCAAAUAUUCACCGAUGUGGUUUGGGCCCCUGCACACAUAUUCAUGGGUAUUAUUGAUCAAAGUCAAUUCACAAACAGCGAAAGGGCUAUGCUGAAAGAGCAAAUUGUUCCUAAUGAAUAACCUUGCCCUACUUUAUAUUAUGUGCAGUGUUGGGAGGGAUCAUGUAGCUAAGUGUAGUUUGUCUAUUGAUAGAGUUUGGGUGGCCUCAGAACCACAGGGACCGAGAAAACAUUUUCCUACCAUUUUUGGCCUGACACUCGGAACACUCGGCAUCCUGUACUCCUUCCCGGCUCAGUCUCCCUCCGAGAUAAGUAAGAAUUCUGCUAGCAAAAGGAGGAGCCUCAGCUGAUUUCAGCAGUGUUGCAAGUGCUGGACUGGUGACUGCUGGAUCGGGCAUAGUCUUUAAAAUACAACUUUCUGUAAAUCACUCAAAUGAGGAAGUGAAAUUGUCUUUACGGUAUUGCACAAGUCAAAUUUGAACAGAAAAGAAUUGAUUGGGAAGACCGGGUGCGUCCCUUUGCUGUACAGGACACGCAGCCUGCAGGAGGCCUUCCCUCCAGCCCCCCAAUCUUCCCUCACCCUCUGUGCGUUCCCCACGUACACACAGGCAGCCUUGUGACAACCCAGCUGGCAUAGGAGCUGCCUUACAUUUCUCAGUGCAAGAGAGAGGGGUCUCCCACAUACUCCUCACCUUUAACAAUUAUUAGGUCCUGAGUUCUGAAUGUUCAAUAAACUUCUCACCUGGAAUAUGCAUUAUUCCAUUUUCCCUUCCAUCUUCUGUGCGUACAGCUUGCACUGCCAUUGGUUUUCCUGCCACAUUGCAGCCUUGAGACUUCUUGUACCAUUUUUCCCAAAGAGGCAAUUCCCCUGAAACAGCACAGCAAAGGAAAAGGAAAGAAAGUUCUGUCCUUACCAUAGUGUCCCCACCUUGGGAAAGCCCCUUGAAUCAGUGAGCAACCUCAGUAACGAAGGGAUUGGCUGAUCUCCCUCAGUCCUACCCCACCUGGGACAGGCUUUUCUGUAAAAAAACCCAAAACUCCCAGGGGAUCAGUCUUCUCCUUGGUGGUUCUCAACAUUCAGCAAAAAUGUUACACAUGCUGCCCACUGUUAUUCUCGUGAAACAACAACCAAAUCCAUGGCGCUUCCCAAGUGUAAACAAGAGCAGGUCCAGUACCCCAAAUCCUGCUUUAAUCCUGAUUUGCUUCACUUUCAUAGUUCUAAAUUGGAUGUUUAGUGUGAACCAAGGGUUAAGUUUUGGAGACUUUCACCUAUUAGUUGCUGGGUCAAGCAAGCUUUGCUAGAGAAACAGCUUACCAGCACUUUAUAGCCAGCAUUCACUGUACAUAAAUCGAAUUACUUACUAGAGGGUAUGUAUUUGUCAAAGCCUUACAUUUUCUGGUAUAAUUGCUAUUCUUGAAUGCCUCCAUUUUUUGACAAGGGGUGUUUUUAUCCUUUUUAAAAGAUCUGAUUUAACCCUGGUUGAUGUUUGUAUUGGAAAAGAAAGCAUGCUGUAUACUCCCCUAGUGCUGUUCUUACUGUAUUGCAACAGCUGUGUGAGAUGGUGGGGGGUUUCUGUACCGUACUAAUGGGUAGGAAACCAGCACAGUUCCUCUCGUUCGCUCCUCUUUUUUUUUUUUACAGCAGCCAAGAAGUCAUUGAUUUUGAUUAGCUUCGCAGUUGCGCCUCCGUGAAGACUGGGGAGUGCUCUCUAAAUGAAAAAAAAAAAAGACCUCAUCUUAGGUU